UUUCACGUAAUUUAUGGAUUCCUGGCUUUCACAAAAGUCAAAGUCUCACUGAACUGUCUGGAAAUGUUUCACUCAACACUCAGUAUUGCAUCAGCCAAGUUUAAUUCUAAUGGAUAUUAUAAAUUUCAUUGUGCACAUGAAUUCAUUGUUAUAUUUUAUUGAAGCGAACAUGAAUAUACCCUGUAAAAAGUUUAUUUGGCAUAUGACAUCUACAACAGCAUUGACAGUAACUGGUGUUUCAUCAUUUUAUUGUUAAAAUAUCCAUUUUCUCCAAUAAGUUCAUUACAAUGUAUCCAGAAAAAACUUCCCCAGUACAAAGAUUAUUGGAGAGUAUGACUGGUAUUUCAAACAAGUUAAUAAGUCAGAAUUCUGGUAUAUUUGUAAAGAAUUUCAAUAUUAUGGAUAAUCCUUCAUCUAUAACUAUAAUUUCAAAAGAUUUGCAACAGUUUUAUUUGCCACGCAGCAACAAGGAUAAACCUUUUUCUUUUUGUACUAUGAAUUCAUAUGCGUCAGCAGCGAAUGAAGAAAGAAGUUGUACAGAAUCAUUACUUCAAGGCAAAAUUUAUACCAAAAACCAACCGAAAAAACUUAGUCUAAUGGAUUUUAGAUCUUUAAUCUUAGAAAAAUCACAAUUUCUUCUCACAAAUUACAAGGACGAAGUAAAAAACAGUAUUGUACAAAAAUUAGAGCUCAGUAGAAAUAAUAUAGUUAACGAUUUACCAACAUCUUUAAAGCAAAUAAAAAAAACAAAAUCACAUAGGAAACGUGUGAUUUGUAAAAAACCAAAUCUGAUGAUUAGGAUAAAAUCAAAACAGUGUAAAAAAAGCCAGAAAAAAAAACUUCCAACCAAAACUAUUUACAGAUUAAGAAGAGUGAACUUAAAAGUAAAUAGAGAAGAUAAUAUGGAAACUGCUACAGUUAGUAAUUUAAUACCUGAUGGUAUUUCAUUGCAGAGUAAAAGAACAAAUAAUAAUUCAACUCUCAAGGUGGAUAAGGAAAGUAUUUCUAAUGCAUCUAAUACUCAAUUUGACAGUUUAAGUUCUAAUGAGAGUAGUGAUGAAGAAGAAAAUUCUGAAUUAGAUGGCUCAGGUUCUGAUGAAGAUAGUGAUUCAUCAGACGAUGAUUUUGUUGUUUUUAGCAAACAAAAUGAUGAUGGUAAUAAUGAUAAAAAAAAUAUUUCAAUUAACUCAACAGAUUCAGAUGAUAACUUCAUCAUUUUUAACCAUGUAAAUGAUGAUUAUGAUCAAAAAGAUGAUGAUGACGAUGAUGAUGAUGAAGAUGAAGAUGAAGAUGAUGAUGAUGAAGAUGAUGAUGAAGAUGAUGAUGAUAAUGAUAAUGAUAAUGAAAUAAAUGAUUCAAUCAACUCUAAAGAUUCAGUUGAUGGAUUCAUUGUUUUACAAAAUAAUGAUGAUAAUCAAACAGCGUGUUGUCAAAGCAGCGGUGCAAAUGACGUCCAAAAAAAUGAGAAGAAAUCAAAAAAAGAAAAAAGAAAAGCUAAGGUUUCUUUUGACUUAAAGCCACAAGUUCAUUUGAUGAUCAAAUGGGAUUUUGCAUAUCGUAAAGCACGACCCGGACCUUGGGAACAAGCAGCUCGCGACCGAGGACGUUUUGCUCGACGAGUCUCCGACUCGCAUAAAGUCCUUGACAAAAUACUUUUACCAGCUCAUCGUGCACGUAUUUUUGAAGAAAGAUUCCAAGAUACUUCAUAAAUGAGCGUCAGUCAGAAAUUGAAACAAAUUGAACUGUGAUAAGUUAAUAUAUAAUUAUUAACUUGUAAACUAUAUGCAUAAUUAGUUUAUUUAUAGGAACAAAUUUUAUUACGUUAGGAAGUCAAUGUGGAAUUUAUUAAAUUGAAUUUAGCUUACUGAAUAACAUCAAUUUACCUACAAUUAGAUUUCGAAUGAUUAUUUUUUUGUACAAAGAUUAUACUUCAUUUUAAUAUAAAUAUCAUUCUAAUGUGUUUUAAUGUUUCUAUUAACCAUUUAUAAUUGGUCUUGAAUUUGGAAUAGAAGUAUUUGCAAUUGUAUGCAUACUUUUUAAAGUUGAAAUAAUGAAUUUGAAAAAACACAUUUCAUGUACAUCACCGACAGUUUAUAUAAAAUCUUAAGCGUAAUUUUCUCUAUCUUCUUAGCUGCUGACUGAAUUUGUAAAUUUUGCUCUUAAUUAAAGUAAGAAAUAGAGAUUAUAAAUUUUUUAUUGAGCUGUUACUACAUGAUGAAACACAUAUUUUAUUUUAACAUAACAUAAUCAAAUAAAUGUUUUAUAUGACUAAAA